AUGCCACAGCCACCAUCACAAGCCUCCUGGCCCACGGAAAUUCCCGGGAUCCGCCUGCAUCCGACCGAUUUGCACUCGGAAGAGCUUGCGGAUGAGGCUAAGGGGUGGUUGCUGUUCGUACGGGAAGAAUCCCAGCCCAUAUUAACCCCCGCAAAUGCGCUGCGUCACCGGCGAGCCCUCAUUGAGAGAUGGGCCACUGCCGGCCAGGAGUUCCGCGAGAAAGAAUUACUCAAGUAUAAACGAGCAGUACAGUCCUACUAUCAAAAUGCCCCAGGUUAUCACUCGGCUCUUGACUACCCGGCUGUAGCCCUCUCUCACCUCACCGUACGACCCAACAAACGAUUCUUAUAUCUACCCUCGGUUGACCGGAAAUCGCAUGCCCAUAACUAUGUUAGUCUCGUGGAAUUUCUUAUCUUAAUGUACGUUCAUCAAGAUGAAUGGAAUGGGCUGCACCCUUUCGACGUACACGGGGCAGGCGAGGCCCCUAGUUCGCAUAUCCCGCAGCUGCUUGACCCUGGAGCCGGCUCUGGCGCGCCUAUCACGCUCAGCGAAUUCCUACCCGCGCUCUACCUUCACACGGCCCAUUUCUUCGCCCUCUCGAUGACCCGGGAUGGCACGGUAAUAUUCGCCGACGGGCCGGGCCUUACGUGGUUCGUGAUCGACGAGCGUGGGCUAGCCACCGGGCGCCUGACCCUAGCCGACUUUGGCUCUAACGGGCUUGUCCACGUCUCUACCCUCCGUCGACCCUGGAAUAUGGGUCAAAGCAUGUCUUUCGAGCAGAUGCUGGGUAGAUUUCUCAGCGAAAUCGCCGAGUCUGGUAUCGGAGGCCCGCCGCAGUAUAAUGAACCAUAUGUUCCCCCUCUCUCUGACAGAGUAAAUAUUUUCCGCUUCUUUGUUGCUUCUAAUGAGAAAUAG